AUGACUGACCUCGAACCCGUUCAUUUCUUCGACCUCUUCUCUACUCAACCAGGCGCCUCGAAAUCAUGGUCCCACAACACUCUGAAGAUACGAGCAGUGCUAAAUUUCAAGGGUAUACCCUAUACUCAAAGCUGGAUCUCAUACCCGGACAUCAAGCCACUUCUCACUAGCCUGGGCGUGCCGCCCAACAAGCAGGGCAGACCAUACACUCUGCCAGCAAUCAUUCACAAGCCCUCAGUGACUUCGAAUCCAAAGGGAGCCAUGAUGGAUUCACUUCAAAUCGCCCUGCACCUGGAUAGGGUGUUCCCGUCCCCACCGCUGUUCCCAUCCGGUGACGCCAGCUACACAUUGGCAGUCGCUGUAGGCACAUUGGUGAAUCUUUUGGAGCCUGGGUUCCGGCCAUUUAUCAUCCCGCGUGUGGCGGAUUACUUGGAUCCUCGUGGAAAGGAGUACUUCCACGAGACACGAUCUGCGGCCCUUGGAAAGCCUUUGUCAGAGGUGCGACCCACCGAUGAGGACACAAUUGACAAGUUGUGGAAGUUGAUUGAGACAGAGUCUGAGACAUUGAUUACAAUUCUGAAAGGAAGGAAGGGAAAAAAAGGUCCGUUCUUCGAAGCCGAAAAGCCUGGAUUUGCAGAUUUGAUAUAUGCUUGUGAAUUGGCAUUCAUCGAGCGCUUCGAUAAGGAGCUCUUUGAGAAGAUCAUGGGUCUAGGAGAUGGAGAAAACAGGAAGCUUUAUAAGGCUUGCUUAACUUGGCUGGAGGGCCAAGGUGAGGACAUCGAGUGGCCGGUCCCACGGUCUGUCUGA